AUGGAGAACAAUUCAGAAGUGACUGAGUUCAUCCUCCUUAGACUAACCAAUGUCCCAGAACUGCAGAUCCCCCUCUUUAUAAUGUUCACCCUCAUCUACUUGAUCAGUGUGGUUGGAAACCUGGGCAUAAUCAUCUUGAUUCUCAUGGACUUUCGUCUCCACACUCCCAUGUACUUUUUUCUCAGCAACCUGUCCUUUGUUGAUUUUUGUUACUCUACAACUGUUACUCCCAAAGUCAUGGCUGGGUUCCUUAUAGGAGACAAGAUCAUCUCCUACAAUGCCUGUGCUGCUCAGAUGUUCUUUUUUGUAGCCUUGGCCACUGUGGAAAAUUUCCUCUUGGCCUCAAUGGCUUAUGACCGCUAUGCAGCAGUGUGCAAACCCCUGCAUUACACCACCACCAUGACGACAGGAGUGUGUGCACAUCUUGCCAUAGGUUCCUACGUCUUUGGUUUUCUGAAUGCCUCUGUCCACAUUAGGGACACAUUCAGCCUCUCUUUCUGUAUGUCAAAUCUGGUCCAUCACUUUUUCUGUGAUGUUCCAGCAGUCAUGUCUCUCUCUUGCUCUGACAGACAUGUUAGUGAGUUGAUUCUUGUUUCUGUGGCAAGGUUCAACAUCUUUUUUGCUCUCCUGGCUAUUUUGAUAUCCUACCUGUUUAUAUUUGUCACCAUCCUGAAGAUGCACUCAGCUGAGGGAUAUCAGAAGGCUUUGUCCACCUGUGCUUCUCACCUCAUUACAGUCUCCAUCUUCUAUGGAACUAUUAUCUUCACUUACUUACAGCCCAGCUCUAGUCAUUUCAUGGAUAUAGACAAAACUGCAUCUGUGUUCUAUACUAUGGUCAUCCCCAUGCUGAACCCCCUGGUCUACAGCUUGAGAAACAAGGAGGUAAAAAAUGCAGUCAAGAAGCUUGUCGAGAAGGCAAAAUUGUCUCUAGGCUUCCCCUGUUACAGUUAUGGGGUCCACAACACCUAG